ACGAUUUUUAUGCGACUCGACUAAGUGUGACUUUACUUCUCGUAGAAGAAUCCUCCAAUAUUAUUAUCCGAAGUACAAACCUUCACUUCUACCACUGAUAAACUCAUCAACAUCAAUACAUCAGUUUUUGAUGCAAAACCAUUUUAACUACCCUUUGCUUGCAUUUGGCACGAGGCGUGGAGAUCGGAUAACACUGCUGAUCUGCGGUCUCCCCUUCCUGCGGCCGAAAGAAUUCUGGCAAAUAUUGGUUGGACAACGCCUCCCCCGGGCUGGCGGAAGCUCAACAUUGAUGGGGCCUCGAUGGGGAACCCCGGCUUGGCAGGUGCUGGAGGGGUCAUCCGGGACGAUCAAGGAAGCUGGGUAGUUGGGUUUGUGGCCCAAAUUGGUGAGGCAACCGCUGGUUUGGCCGAGUUAUGGGCGCUUUUUCAUGGAUUAAACCUGGCCUGGAGCCAUGGCUGCCUCAAUCUUCAAGUGGAAACUGACUCCCAGUUGGUUAUUCAGUGGAUCAAGAAUCGGGUGGACCCCCUUCACCCCCAUGCUUCCCUCUUGUCCUCGAUAAGGAGAUGUUUGACUCGUGAUUGGCUGGUCAAUAUUACUCAUACAUACCGCGAAGGGAAUAGAGUCGCGGACUGGCUCUCGAAGCACAGUCUCGUCUAUCCCUACGGUAUGCAUGAGCUUAUCGACCCGCCAAGUGAUCUGGGACGCUUCCUUCAUGAUGAUGAGAUGGGUGUGACUUUUGAGCGUAGAGUUGUAGCCUCUACUUCCCUGUAAUUCCUCUCUCCCCUGGGUUUCCCCUUUCUUGGCUUUCGCCUCCCUUAUUGCAAAAAACAAAAACAAAAAAAAAACUACCAUUUGCUUGCAUAUAUUUAUAGAGACAAGUAUUGGUAGACAUGGGUCGUCCUGAUUUUGCCACAUAUAUACCUACAAUAAUCCAUGUUACAUUAAAUUCCUGGGAUUUGCAUAUGGUAGACAUGGGUCGUCCUGAUUUUGCCACAUGUGUAGCCAUAAAUUCUUAUGUUGUUUAGUCUUUUGCAGCCAACCCACGAAGCUUACCCUCCUGUAAAUGAAUUAUUUAAGCAGUAACUCGAUAAAAAUAGAAAGAAAACCCAAAGAAAUAUAUAGGGUCCAACCAGGAUCCUGACCAAACUGGGCAAAGGUUGAACAGCAGCAAGACAUGGAAGUUGGAACACACAUGGUCAGCCAUUAUACCGGUAGGUAUAGUCAUAUGGAGAUUAGUCCGUGGCCAGCCGUUUGGGAGUGUGAAACCGUUUGGUUCGUACCAAAUUGCAUCGAAUUAAAUGGGGCGUUUGGAUCGGAUCCUUAUUACCAAAUCGAAUAUAGUACAGUUCGAUUCUUGGCCCUAUGUUUAUCAAUAUCGGAAAAAAUGGACUGAUAUUUAUACCCGAUCAAGUCGAAUCGAAUGCAAUAUAGUCCGAUCCUUGAUUUUAAAAUUUCUUUCAUUAUUGAAUCGCAGUUCUAAUAAAUUUUUGAUCCGAAUUGAACUGUUGCGCACCUUUACAACCAUGAUCUAUUUUGUUUGAUUAUCCAUCAUGACGAGUAUUUACUUAUUUGGUCACUAUGAUUGACAUUAAAUACCCUACGUAGUGCACCAACAAUAAGUAAGAUAUGCAUUUAGUUUUUUUUUUUUUCAUUUCCUUUGAGGGUAAGAUAUGCAUUUUGAUCUCUUCCGCGUGUGAACUGAUAAUACAGCAUGUCCAAGAAUUUAUAGAAUUAAGAAAUUAAAAGUUCACGACUCUAUUACAAUUCAAGACUCUCGAGAUAAGUGGUAUCGUUUGUACAUCCUCGUCUUUAGAUCGAAACCCAACAAUCAAUAAUCAUGGACCUCUCUUGCAACCCCGAUCGAGGACUGCGAGAAUGGGAAGCAGUACAUUAAUGACCAACUGGUUGUAGAAGGCGAGUCUAUGGUCUGGUUACUGGAAGGAAGAUAGUUUUUGUCAGAUAUAAUGCAAGCUUGGUACAAAGUAGUAGGUGCGAUGUAUUAUGAUAGGUGAUAAAUUUUUCUGAAGGGGUACGGCUAGCAGCAGCUAGGUCUAGAUACAGACUGCAGGUGAAGUCUCUUCAAUCUCAUAGUAGAGUUAGAAAUAUAUUAUAUAAAACAGUACCCAUGAGCUAGUUUGUUGUGAAAAGAGUAGAGAGUUUAGAGUAAUGAAGUGUUAGAAUGAAGGGCAAGUCGGACAAUGUAAGUAAGUAAAUAACACAGAGACUUACGUGGCUCGUUAAUAUGAUAUGUGCUAAUCCGUCGAGAGAAAGAAAGAUCCGUUUUUACUGUACUUGAGAAAUACAUAUUACAGAGGGAUUGAGAAAAUAUAUACACUAUAUUGCAAUGUGUCCCAAAAGCCUUAACCCUAAUCCAACCUGGAAAGGGAAAAGGUUACCGUCGACUACAGAUAAUUCGACUUCAAAUCAUAGCAACAUCAAGCAAUUUGGUGAGAAGUUUAUCAUCAUGAGAAAUCAACCAUCAAAGUAAUAUGGAUCGACACUCAAGAUGUGGAUUAAGUAUAUUCACAGUGAUACCUCGUGUAUAUGAGUUUUCUCGAUAUGAAGGAUUUUUCUGCGCGGAAUUUUGUUUAGUUUCCAGUAAUAUGCCGGGGGUAGUAGAGUGCAUGUUCUGAUAAGAAAAAACGGACAUGGGC